AUGAAUAUUUUCCGUCUUGUUGGCGAUUUGAGUCAUCUGGCCGCCCUUAUCAUUCUUCUGCUUAAAAUAUGGAAGUCCAGGUCAUGCGCAGGAGUAUCUGGCAAGUCGCAGAUCAUGUUUGCAAUGGUCUACAUGACUAGAUACCUUGACCUCUUUACGACCUUUGUGUCUGUCUACAAUUCUGUCAUGAAGGUCGUCUUCCUCCUCUUUUCAUUCGUCACUGUUUAUCUCAUUUACUUCAAGUUCAAGGCCACCUAUGAUGGCAACCAUGACACUUUCAGGGUGGAGUUUCUAGUCGUACCAGUUGCUGGUCUCGCUGUUCUUGUCAACCACGAGUUCUCCUUCCUGGAGAUACUGUGGACAUUCUCUAUUUAUCUGGAGUCUGUAGCCAUCCUGCCUCAACUUUUUAUGAUCAGUAAAACAGGUUGUGAGGCAGAAACAAUAACAAGCCACUACCUGUUUGCCCUUGGCAUCUACAGGGCCCUCUACAUCGCCAACUGGAUCUUUCGUUAUUACAUGGAGGGCUUCUUUGACUUCAUUGCUAUCGUCGCUGGCUGUGUCCAGACCAUCCUCUACUGCGACUUCUUCUACCUAUAUGUUACUAAGGUUUGGAAAGGGAAAAGGCUGACAAUUCCUGCUUAG